AUGCUCCUAAGGAAGAAGUUUGGCAAUGAAUACCGCAUGAUAUUCGCCUAUGAGACAAAAGCUUUAGACUGACCAAACGUAAGAGGUGAGGAUGGUGCGGCUUUAGAACGCUUUUCGAUUUUUUUGGAAAGCUGUAAAGGCGCUGUGUCAGGAAGCCGAUAUAGGUUAAGGUUCGAUCAGCUGGGAAACACUCAAAAGUUAGUGCUCAAGCUUCCCUACAAUCUGAGAGAGGGAUGGCUUCGCGCACCCAACGACAUUAUUGAGUUACAGUCAAAGCCUGUGGACUUCAGCGACCUCAUUGCUUUUGUUGAUCUGGAAGCUAGCAUAGUAACCAAUCCAGUCUUUGAUAGGAUCUCUGACAGCGUUAAUCCAGCGACUGGUCAGCGGUCAUGCGGUGGCAAGACAGCCCUAAAGGAGCCUGAAAAUUUCAGUUUCCUAACGCAAAUAGACGGAUGUGAAUGUUCCCCCAAGCGAGACAGGCCUGCCUGA